CAAGUCAUUCGCUUCCUUGCUGUGCGAGCUACGCGACUUUUCGCUACAGUUUUCCUUCCAUUGGAACCAACACAAUCAUUUCUCUCCCUGUAUUCACCACUCGUUAUAUCAUUCACUCUUUUUGAGCCAGCAUGAAGGUUACUACUACCGUCUUGCUUGGUGCGUUGGCCGCUCAGCAAGCCGUUGCCACUUGGGACCUGCAUGCUCCUGCCUUCAGCUGCCCUUCAAAGAUCCCUCAUACCUGUGACGACAAGGAGAAGAGUGGCUUCAAGUGGGAUGGUCUCAAGGUUGGUGCCGACGUCGGCAACUACAAUGGCUACCAGUUUCCCGGCUUCAAGUGCUCCAGUAAGCUCGGAAAGCGUGAUAACUUGGGCAAGCGUACGUUCCAGGACAAGUGCAUUACCGGAAAGGUGACCAAGGACAAGUCCGCCGGCCCAAAGAUCACUUGCCCGUCCAAGGAGUUCUCUAUCAAGGAGUUUCAAGUCUCUGUUGAUCAUGAUGUUGACGUUGAGUUCCACUAUGGCAUGCCCGAUGGCUCCAUCUGCAAGCAGCAUGUCCCUUGCAAGGCUGGCGGUUCUACUGUCACCAACACCCAGUGUGGUGGUGCAAAAGAGGUCACCUUCCAGAUCCCACAGAAAGGCAAGCACGAUUCUUGCGAGAUCGGCUUCCACGGUAUUGACUUUUACUGCGAAAAACCCUCUCCUCCCCCGCAAUGCGACGGCUCCAGCAACGAUUGCUCGACGCCCACUCCUCCAGAGCAGCCUCCAGUACCUCAGCCGACACCGACUGGCGCAGUUACAACUCCGACUGGCGAGCUCCCGAAGCCAACUGGUGAGCUCCCGAACCCGACCGGUGAGCUCCCGAACCCAACUGGUGAACUCCCGAAUCCGACCGGUGAGCUCCCGAAGCCAACUGAUGAGCUCCCGAACCCGACCGGUGAGCUCCCGAAGCCAACUGGUGAACUCCCGAACCCGACCGGUGAGAUCCCGACUCCAACAGGUCAGACUCCAACUGGCCAAGUUCCCAGUUCUAUGGGCGAUACUUCUAGCCCAGCAGACGAGACUCCCAUCCAGACUGGCAAUCCCCCGGCCCCUUACCCUCCAGCAGGCCCAUCUGAGAAUCCUCCAGAAGGUCCAUCUGACACUCCUUGCAAAGACGACACCUGUGGUUCUUCUCCACCAGCUGUUUCAAUGCCUCCGACGACCAACACUUCCUCUCCAGUCUUUCCGUCUGCUUACCCUCCUGUCGGAUCGGACGUCGUUGUCUCGCCCAGCAGCAUCAGCACUCCUAGCACUCCUAGCACUCCACUUCCGACUGCCGACUGCCCCAGCGAACUCCAAAGAUGUAUCAAUACCUUUGCCAAGUUCAAGUGCACAGACAACACUGACUCCAAAUGCUACUGCAAGGAUCAAGGGCUCGUCAAGGAGAUCAUUGAUUGCGUCGACGCCUGGACCCACGACCAGGACCUCAUCUCUAAAGCCCUAAGUUUCUUCGUCGGUAUCUGCGCUCCCUACGUCCCCAAGAACCCAGCCAUCGUCACCGACUGCCCAACAUCAAUCACUCUCGGCCCAGGCUCUGGCCCAGCUCCUACUCCAGCUCCAGACGCACCCGCCUCCGACGUCCAGUACCCCGGCGCAGUCACCGAAGCUCCUCAGACCCCCGCCGUCCCCGCCGUUACAACCCCCGUCACAACCCUGACGGUUAUCCAGACAAACACCCCAACCUACGACAACGAGCACCCGGAGAGCAGCGUCCUGAACACAACCACAAUCACCAUGACUGUCCCUCAGGUGCACUUCGUCACCGCGCCAGCUCCCGAUCAGACCGGUUCACCAAUUGUCGGCCUCAUACCUGGUGCUCCUGCACCCGUAUCUGCGAAUCCCACGGAAGCGUAUCCCACGGGUGCGUAUCCCACGGGUGCGUAUUCAACGGGACCACACACAACUGGCUUCGGGACCUCCGUUGUUGUGCCCACGCCGACGGGUACACUACCUCCUACUUUCACCGGCGCGGCUGUCAAGAUGGGUACAAAUGUUUACGGUCUCUUUGCAGGGGCUGUUCUCGCCGCUCUAGCCUUGUAAACUCCCCAGUAACUACACUGAUCGCGAAGGUACAUAUCCGCGUCAAGGACAUUCCGCCUGUGGAAUGGGCAACAUAAAAGCCGCCAAAACCCGGCAUUGUUGAUGUUUCAUAUAAUCGCUCGACUCCGAGUCAGACAUCUGUUGGUGUGAGCAUUUGUCUUCACGUCACUCCUUUAG